AUGAUAUUAACUUAUUUGAAUAGGUAUAAUCACACAAGUGGAUAUACUUUUAUAAAAAACACAUUUCCAUCAAUUCUACUGGCGUUUAAAUCAACCACAUCUUCAAAUGUAUCGGUAACAAAUCCUGCACCUGAAAUUCAACUUUCAUUAAUAAAACGGUUGUUCAAUAAUUUUGGACUUUUUAAAACUUCUUUUCUGAGAGGAAAAAAUACAAACAUAAUGAAUUCUUAUAAAAUAAAGGAUGCACCAAAAUUUAUUGGUAAGGCAGAAACAUGGAAUCAAGCAAUUAUGGAAGCCGAAGAAUUAAUUCAACAUCGUGGUGGAUCACAUAUUGAUCCCAUAAGGCUUGUUGGUAAAGAUUUUUCGGAUUUAACCAAAAACAUUCAAAUUCUUUUGGGCAGUGGACAUCCAAUGUUGAAUACUGUUAGCAAAUAUUAUUUUACUUCAGAAGGAAAACAUAUAAGACCUUUGAUUGUUUUAUUAAUGUCACAAGCGACAAGUAUAGCACCAAAACAGUAUAAUGCAGCACCAACUGAUUUUUUUCAAAUAAUAGACAAACCUUUGUCACCAUCAAUACCUUUAAAUCAUAACAAAGAUGAUAAUACUUCAACAUUUUCAAAUAGAGUAAAAUAUUCAUCAAUUUCUUCCACAGGAACAAUUCUUCCUACACAACGUCGUUUAGCAGAAAUUACGGAAAUGAUACAUACAGCAUCAUUAUUUCAUGAUGAUGUAAUUGAUUUUUCUGAAACUCGUCGUAAUAAAUUAUCAGUUAAUAUGAACUUUGGAAAUAAAUUAGCAAUUUUAGCAGGUGAUUUUUUACUUGCUCGAGCAUCUGUAGCUUUAGCAAAAUUACGAAAUCCCGAGGUUAUUGAAUUAUUAGCCACAGUUUUAGCUAAUCUGGUUGAAGGUGAAUUUAUGCAACUCAAAAAUAUGCAAGAACACGAAACCAUGUCAACAUUUGAAUAUUAUCUAGAAAAGACAUAUAUGAAAACUGCAAGUCUUAUAGCAAAAAGUUGUCGAGCAUCAACAGUAUUAGGUGGGGCUACACUUGAAGUCUGUGAUAUUGCUUAUACUUAUGGUCGAAAUUUAGGAAAACCUGUGGACGUUGAUUUAAAGUUAGGUUUAGCAACUGCACCAGUAUUGUAUGCUUGGAAAGAUUAUCCAGAAUUAGGUCCAUUAAUAAAACGUAAAUUCUCUCAAGAAGGCGAUGUUGAAAAGGCACGUGAAUUGGUAUAUCGAAGUAAAGGUAUUGAACAAACUAAAUUGUUAGCUGCAUUACAUUGUGAAAAGGCUAUUGCAGCUAUAUCAAAGUUACCAGAAUCAGAUGCAAGAAAUGCAUUGAUUCAACUAACACACAAAGUUCUUAUUAGAAAGAAAUAA